GAAAACCUAAACCCUGUGAUCACAAAACCUCACCGCGCUUCGUUCCUCAGUUACUGGUUCCAUAAUGGCUGUUUCAUCUCUCCACAGUACCUCACUCUCUGCUUCUUGUAACCUUGAUCCCGCUGCCAAUUUUCUAUGUCCACAAAAUCCCUUCAAAAUCCAUACUCGCGGCUCCCUUCCUCUUUUUCACAACUCCAAAAGAUCCAAAUUCCAUCCCAUAGUAACCAAAAAACUCCACAUUUCACCAGCACCCACAACAAAAUUUUCUCUUUUUAGCUGUUUAUUACCACCCCAGAACGAUAUUUCCAAGAUUCUUGUUAAAAAUAUUGCAACAGUAUUACUGGGAUCACUUGUUAUCGUGGGCUCUUUAAAAUCUAGGCCUAUACUGGCACAGCCUGUUCAAGAAACCGAGCGUCUUGAUCGAAAAAGAGAGGACUGGGAUGGGAAAAGCAGUGCAACUGAAGAAGAGGUGAUGUUUGUGAAGCUUGUGCAAGAAAAUCCAAAAGAUGUUGUGGCUCUGAAGAUGGUCGUUGAUGUAAAGAUGAGGAGUGGAAAGACUAAGGAGGCUUUGGAAUAUGUGGAGAGAUUGAUUAAAAUUGAACCUAGUGAAAUGGAGUGGAGGCUUCUGCAGGCUCUUUGUUACGAAAUGUUGGGGAAUUUGGGUAUGGCCAAGAGCUUGUUCAAAAACAUACUCAAGCAGAGGCCUCUCCUACUUAGAGCUUUGCAUGGUCUGGCAAUGGUAAUGCAUAAGAACCAAGAAGGCCCAGCUGUUUUUGAGAUGUUGGAAAGGGCUUUGGAAGUUGCUCGUCUUGAAAAAAGAGUCAAUGAAGAGCGAAACAUAAGAAUAUUGAUUGCGCAGAUGCAUAUUGUAAAGGGAGACUUUGAGGAGGCCUUGGAGAACUUUCGAGCUCUUGUUAAUGAGAAUCCAAGAGAUUUUCGACCUUAUCUUUGCCAGGAAAAUGGCACAACUGAUUCCUAACAUUUGGCCCCUGUGCACUUCUAGUCUUGAUUCUUCUGUUUUUGCUCUGACCCCUCAAUCUAUUGGUUUUGUGCACAAAUAGUCCUUUUAGACAGUUUUGUCCAUUCUAGCAGUUAACUUUCUAAUAUUGAUUACUGACACAUAUUGUAGUCAUAUCAUCCUCCUCCCCUAUUCCCAAGAGAAAUAUUUGUGUGUGUAUAUUUCACCCACCACUUCCACACUACUAAAACUACCACCACAUACACCACCAUAACUAUAUAAUGAACUACCUUCCGUAAUGAACUCAAACAUCAUAGCACCCGAAGUAAUAGAAUUUAUUACGCUGAUGCCUCCAAAUCUCACUCUUCGCAUAAAAAUCAAACAAACUUGUCGUCACACACCACAUCCUUCACCAUAAAAUUCUUUGGAGCAAACAUUGAUGGUAGAUGUUUCUAGUGGGUCUGAAACUAGUAUAGAGAUAAAAAGAUCAAAGACCUUCAAUAUGCAGCGUUAAUUUCUUUUUGUUUUUUCUAAAUCCUUAGUAAAAUGAAAAUAAUGCUGGGGAUUACCAAGUACAUGAGUGGCUUCUUCCAAAUUUCCCUGCUGGUACCCUUCUCCGGAGAAGAUCAAACUAAUUAACAGCCCAAAAGUUCGAAGAUUAAAUUUCAGAGGCAGUUACCUUCUAAAUCAAUAGCUGCUCUAUUCUGCAGUCCAAUGCACCCCUACUAGUCUAGAACAUUGCUAUAGAACGAAAAUGGAUCCUUCCAAUUAGCAAGACUUGUUCUUGCUCAUAUGGGAUUUUCAGAAAUAUCCAUUUUCCUAUUUGCGUCAAUAUAUUUACCAUUGAUGUUUGCCUUUCGUUUGAAUCCUUGACCAGUGUUCAAUUCUUCGAGCUGCAAAUAGCAAUCAAAUUAUUGAUGGUACCCAAAAAUUGAGGAGGAAAGAAACAGAAAGUAUCUAUUAAUUACAGUCCCAAUCAAAACAGAAAGAGAAAUGGGCAGUUGUUCAUAAGUGACGAUAACCCUGGCAUACAGGUUCCAACUUCAUUCUUUUCAAGAGAAAUAGUGAUGUUAGAACAGAAAGAGAUAAAUAAAAGUAAUAGGGAAAGUAACCAUGGCCAUGCCAGGAGAGGAAGUAGAAAACGGGGGAGAGAAAAGUAGGCGAAGCAUCAAUAACUCAUCAGUAGUCUAUGCAGUUGAAGAUAGAGAGACCCAGUGCCAAUGGACAUCAUCAGUGAUCCCAAUUUUGUGGUGUAUGAGGGAGAGGCUGGAAGUAGUGGCGGUGGUGUUGGGGGGAAGACCAGAGGAUAGCGUUGGCUCUGUGGUUUUGGGGAAGAAAGUGCACUUUUUGUUUAUUGAAGUUCCUUUUCUAUUUCAUAGAUUUCCUUUUUAAUUAAAAAUGAGGGUAUAAGAGUGUUUUCAAUAAAAUAUGUAUAUCCUGUGCACUGCAAAUGUCUUUAAACAGACAAAAUGUAAGAAACUGGCCAAAAGAACUAUUUGUGCACAAAACCAAUAGGUUGAGGCCUUGAGGGUUCUGUGCCAAGGAUGAAAGAAUCUGGACUGGAAGACCGUAUGGGCCUGCUGAUGUCUGUAAAUUUUUCUUGGUUGAAAUUUAUUUGCUGAGGCAUAUUUUAAGAGUAAUGUGAAAUUAAUUUACCUUUGGGUUGUUCAAAUGAAGCAAUUAACAGUGUAAUUUUUGGGUCGAAAUGCUGUUAACCAAGCUUGGACAGUUGCUAACCUGUGACCAGGAUUAUGAAAGAUGACUUUUUGUUAAUGCCGGAGGUGAGAAGAGUGUGUAAAACUAAGGUAGUCUGAUAAUGCAUUGCGAGAAAGACUCGCCGUUUUAAGGAGGCAAGACAGUUGAAGUUAGUGUUGGACUCGAGUCACUCGAUGGUAUUAAUUUUAUCUAAUCCGAUCAAAUACUCUUUACCAAACAUUCCAUGAGAGUCCGGGUUAUAACUGAUACUUGAACUAUACAGACCUUUUUUGGGCUAGCUUUUUCAUAUUUCCUUUGGGUUUAUUAUUUGUUGGCUCUGUAGUAUAAACACUUCAAUUAGGGUGACAUGUUCGUGUUCGACUUCAUAGACACAUGUCGGGCCCUCUACAAUGAUCAAUUUUCAUUUUUAUUAGAAAAUUAUAUCUUGUUAACUCACAGUUAUCAGUAAAUAUUAAAUA